ACGAAGAGGUUAUGUAUACGUUGCUUCGCGUGAAGUCUGAACGUUAUUUCGGACGAUGGCCAACGAUCAUGGGAACGACGAAAGAGGCAAAAAGAGAAAGAAGAAGCGAUCGCAAAUUCAGAUGGCAAAGAAAUUCGCGCGCCAAAGAAAUCACGGAUCCGAGGUAGACGCCGAGACGUAUCAGUACAUGGUACGUAUAUUGGAGUUAAUGAAAAGCGAUUUUCCCACAGCCGAGGAGAAAUUGAUAUUUGCGAAUAACGUGUACGCCCAAACUGCUGGCCACGAACUCGAAUACGCGAGGAAUCAAGUUGGAUCCAGGAUAUUGGAUUCGCUUUUAAAAUACGCGAAUUUGGAAACCAUCGAGAGGUUAGUCGCUGCUUUUAAAUCUUCUUUGCGACCACUUAGUAACGACAAAUUUGCCAGCCACGUUUUACAAAAGAUCUUAGUGAUUUGCGCCGACAGAGGAAAUAGAAGCAAACGUUCCGAGUCAUGCACAGAGGAAGAUACGGAUGCUCGUAUAGAGGUUAAGGAGUCGGAAAUAGAAUCUUACAAUAACAUCGUGUUGAACAUGAGUAAAUAUUUUAUCAACAACAUCGAGGAAUUUAUAUUCGAUACGUAUGCGAAUCAUCUUUUGAGAACAGUCAUCGAAUGUCUCGGUGGUCUGAUCGAUAAGCCUGACAAUAGAGAUAGGAAGAAGCUGGUAUUCGGUGAACGACGACCAGUGGUACAAGAGUACAAAGACUUGUUGUCCCAAACGUGCAACAGAUUAUACAAAUGGCCUCAAUUUUUAGAGUUUGGCCAGGACGAGCUUACAUCUGGAUUAUUGCAAAGCGCUUUGCACUCUCUGCAAGAUACGUUUCCAGAGAUGGUGCAGGCGUACGUUAAAAGAAUUACGAACGAGUGUUUUAAACCUGGGACGGAGCAGCAAUUGUCGAAUAUCUUUGACGCGGAAAGUUCGAUCAGGUUGCUGGAAGUAUGCUUGUCGGCAGCGGAUCGAAAAUCUUUGUAUAAAAUUUACCAAGAAUACUUUUCGGGUAAUUUGAAACGAUUAUCCUUGAUGCAGAGCGCAAACUUUAGCGUACAGCGGCUAUUGGAUCAUUGUAACGUUAAAGAAGAGUUUGAAGAGAUGUACGAAGAAAUUUGCACGUUUCUACCUGAAAUUCUGGAUAAGGGUUACACCGGUGUCUUGGCCAGCGUAGCCAACGCGUGCUUGAGAUUGCAAACGAAACAGGGUGCGUUCGUGGUGGAACUUUUGAAAAGUCUGCACUGCGAGGGAAACGAGAAACAAAAUCGUACGAUGGCGUGCAUAGCCGGCCUAAGAACACCCGAGCAGCUGGAGAGUUUGGAGAAAAAUGAGGAAAGCGAUUCGAAACCUUUGAUCAGUCUACACGGAAGUCUUAUAGUACAGGCUAUUCUCAAGUUCAAUAAACCUAUAAAGAUGGUUAAUUCCUUGUUAGAGACAGAUGGAGAAGAACUAGUGCAGCUGUUGGAAGAUCCGAGAGGCAGUCGCAUCUUGGACGCUUUUAUGGACAGCAAAUACAUCGGGGAGAAAAGCAGGGAAAAGCUGACGAAGAAGUUGAAGGGAUACUGGGCGCGAUUGGCCCGCAGUACACACGGUUCUAGAAGCUUGGACAGAGUAUGGCAGUGGGCGCAUGUGAAACAGAAAACUUUGAUCAUGGAGGAAUUGACAGAAGUCGGCGAGUCUUUGCGUUCGACGAAAUCUGGACAGAUCAUGUGGAACAAGUUGAACGUUCCGCUGUUUGCGAGAAAUAAGCAGGAUUGGACGGAAGCGUUGGGAAAAGAAGACAAAACGAGAGCUCUUUUCGCGAACAUAAUAGGGGACCAGACGACGAAGGGAAAACGAUGAGUUUUGUAUGACACGUUGCGUACAUAAGAUACACGCAUGCGUGCGUCUUAAAGCGUAUAGAAAAGAGAUCGAUGCGAACGGUCGUUCUUUAAGCAUUAUGACACAGAAUAAUCAUGUAUUUCGUUAAUUCAUAAAUACAAUCUAUAGAAUCCAUCAUACAUCCCUGCAACGUAAUAUAGCUAGAAAAACAUACAACGAUUCGUAGUCUAGAUUUGAGCAAAGUCUCCUAACGCGCACGACCGAUAAACUCGUUUUAUUUCUCGAUGAGAAUGACUAGACUCGUAAACGUAUACCAGCGUGCAUACAACGUGACGCGUAUAAAAUAAAACGUCGUGACCGCUUACCGUCGCGUUCUUCGUUGCGGUCGUAUUAAUCUACGAAUUGACUAGGAAAAAGAUCGAUACAGCAUGCUUGUUUACACGGUAACAGUUAUAAUACGCGAAUUUCAAUUUCAACGGAGAAGAGAAAAACUGGAACGCGUUACAUCGUACACGAAACGUCUCUCGCGUCUCGUAGCGAGUUUCUCUUUAUAACACGCGAGUAAACGACGUUUUUGCGGGAUGAUAAACCUAUAUCUGGAUAAAAAGUGAAAUACCUCGAUUAACGCGAUAACCUGCACGUUACAACGCGGAUAAAGGUUUCUUCGCGUUACUUGUUCGUAGAGAGCUAGAGAGCGUAUAACAUGUAUUAAUAUUUCUGUAAUCGUAUUCGUUAUCAUGGACAACUUUGUACGAUAAAAAGCACGUUUAUCGGAUCGUUUGCUUGGGCGGCAUUACUUGGUCUGUCCUUUGAUUCCUCCUCGCAGCUUCGUCGUACGAGCGUAUCGAGCAUACAGCAAAAGAAUCAGCGUUAUUUUUACAUUCGAUAAUCGUAAUGGUAAGCAGCGAUCGUUUCUUAUUCGAACCACAUCUACGAUCCGAAAAAUAUACACGUUAUAUGAUUUAUAUCUCUACUUUGUCGCUUCGAUCAAAUAGCAAUACAACGAACCGUUACACGUACUAUCCUAAGGAAGAAAUUCGACGAACGGUUACAACUACGGUCGGAGAGGACGAUAAUUCGUCUUACGCGUACUGUUCCCGUAACUUUACAUUCGUAGAUAUUCAAAUAUUCAAGGAAUCUCUAUAGUCGGACAAUGUCACCGUCGGUGUGCACGGACGAAUGAGCCUCGGGAAUAUGUACACCAUCGAUGCGCUAGAGCACGAGCUUUCGAAAGAGAAACACAACCAGGUUGCACACGGCGUGCCGCGAGCGUGGUCGGAAAGCAUAGGACCGCGAAGACAG